AUGGCGCGGCGGGCGGGGACCGCGGCGGCGGACGAGCUGGCCAACGCCGCCGCCCGCGGCGACCUGCAGCGCGUGAAGGAGAUCCUGGACGACGGGGCGGACGCCAACGCCGUCAACUCCUACGGCCGGACCCCCAUCCAGGUCAUGAUGCUGGGCAGCCCGCGGGUGGCCGAGCUGCUGCUGCAGCGCGGAGCCGACCCGAACCGCGCCGACCCGCGCACCGGCUGCUUCCCGGCGCACGACGCGGCCCGCGCCGGCUUCGUGGAGACGCUGGCGGCGCUGCACCGCGCCGGGGCGCGCCUCGACCUGCCCGACGGCCGCGGCCGCCUCCCCCUCGACGUGGCGGCGGGGGGCCCGCACGGCCCCGUGGGCCGCUACCUGCGGCACCCGCCGCCCCCCGCCGCCCCGGCGGAUGCUCCCCGCGCUGCAGCCCCCUGCGCUGCCCCACCGCCGCCUGCCCCCAACGCACUGCCCGCGCUCGUCUCCGGAGGUAAGAAGCGGAGCGGUGAUAAGAGUUUGUAAAUAAUGCCCCAGGUGCGUUUCCCCACUUGGAUGCACUAAGGACAAGCGCCGUAUGCGUUCUUCACAUCGUAUUCUUUGCACAUGUCUGCGCGUUAGGUUUGCGCUCGAAAUGACGCGCCCCUCUCAGACGAGAGUCCGGACACCAUGAAGAAAUAAUUUUGAAGGAAACCUACACUCCCCGGCUGACGCAAUGAGCCCUUCGCGCUGUGCCCGGGCUUUCUGCACACCCUCCUCCCCUCGCGUCCCCCGCCCGCGCUCCCGAGGGGGCGGCUGAAAGCUGGGCUCUCCGCCCCAAGGGGACGGGAGGGGCUGGUGCUCUGCCGAGCCCGACCUAGUUGCUCCCCGUUUGAUUCUGAUUUAAGCUAAAUCGGGCUCACGGCUCUAAGCCCGAUCACAGCCUCUUCCUAGCAAAACCGGCUGGGAGAGCGGGGGAUUAAAGCUUUCUGGUGCGAUCGCGGCUUUUGUAAAUACCUUCUUAGAACUACGUAAGAUGCGGUGCAUGUCUGUGCACGGGCCCGUGGCGCAUCCGUGGCUCGUUUCAUGAAGGCAGUGUUAGUAAACAUGGGACCUGAAGGAGAAAAUAAGGCAAGAUGUGUGUCUCUGCAAGCCCGAGAUCGCCCUCGCUUGAAGUAAAAGGUGUUUUAGCAACCUAGCAAGUGACCUUCCCUGAGUUAAUUGAAGUUUAACAGUAUUUUGAAAGAAUCAUGACGGUUACAAAAUGAAGGCUUCGUGGCGCUGAAAAUUAAAAGUUGGACGUCGAAACUUAGCCCCCGGCUUUCCUCAAGCUGCUCCGAUGUGGCACGUUUGGCCAAGAAGAAAUGAAGCCAGAAAGCUCUUACAUUGUAACGAAUGCGCUCCCGGGGCGGGGGACUUUUCUUUUCUCGAUUAAUUAUUUCAGACUUUAUGCAUAUUUCACUGGCUGCCCCAGCAUGAGGAACCUGAGAGUUGGCUCGGGGAAGUCAACAAGCCACAGCAAAAACCUCCCCCCGCAGGAGCUCUCGACCGAGACCUUCGUGCCAGAGCAGAGAGCGGCCAUGAAAAGCACAUCGGCCCUGCAGAGGUGCGGGCGCGCUCCUGCCUUUCCCAAAUCUGCACCGAGGACACACCUGGCCCCACAAAAAUGGGCAGGACAGCGAAAAGCAAAACAAAAACUGCGUUUCCAGCCCGCGCGUCAGGUGCUGUGCUUAGCACGCUAAUAUCAGCAGGAGCAGGAAAUCCCCGCAGGGGAGAGCAAGGAAGAGCGAGGCGGCGUGAGAGCAUCGCACGGGUCUUCUACUCUGCUCCUGCACAGAGGAAAGGGCCACGGGACCUCGGAUCCCUUCGCGUUAGCAUUUCUAACCUGUUAGGGAUAGAGAAGGGUAAGCAAGGAGGAAUAUAGAGAGCGUUCUCGUUUUACUCCACGGACUAACUCCUCAGCACUUCGUAGGGCUACCCGUGCAGAGUUAAAGGGAAAAAGACUGCUCUUCCGUUGGCAUUCUCAGUCUUCGACUACUUGAUAUUUCACACGUAAAAAAUAUUAUAAUAUUUAACUUAUUAAUAUAUAAUUCAUUCUAAUAUAAUUUCUUACAAUGCAUACCGUACGAUUAUUUCAUGAAAACUUGCAAUCUCUAUAAAUACAUAGUUAUGUCGUUUAUAUAUGCAAAGCAUAUACAUAAUACGUAAGAUAUACACAAUAGGUAUU